CCGAGUGAGCAGAGUGGAGUGAACAAGCUCUAGAGUACACCUGGCAGCUCGUGCACUCCACCUCACAGAAAGUAGGUCUUCCAUGGCGAGGAUGACACGAAGAGUCACAUAGGCGGUGCUUCGACUUCGUCACUUCCCGUGCCACUUUCCCAAACAUCCUGCAAUGGCGCUGGACGUCACUUGGGGACAAGGCUGGGCUCUCGCCUCUGUAGGCGCGUUACUCAUCGCCGUAUACUGCUACUCCGUAGUCAAACCGACCCGACCGGGUUUCCCCAGACUAAUCGCCUCAAUUCCGGCUCUUACGGCGAACGUCUUUCUGCCGUGGAUCUUCCGUCAAGAAGAUCAGGUGCUCGGCGUCGCGGUCAUCUACUGCAUCACGGCAUGGCUGAGCUCCUUCAAGCUGCUCUGCUUCUGCUGGAACACCGGGGUUCUCUCGACCCCAUGGAUCUCGUCCGACAUCUACCGGUUCGUCGCGGCUCUUUCGCUCCCGAUCCACAUCCAGCCGAUUACUACGAAAGCCGUCCUUGGAGAAUUGGCUCCUGGUGUGACUAAAAUGAGCGUGGUUGGCUGGAUAAUUGAUGCCGUACAGUCGGAGACGUGGACUAUGCUUUUAAUCCGGAGCAGUUUGAAGAUCCUGGUCUUCAAUCACCUCGUGAAGCUCAUGGCUAAUCUCGACGCCGCCCCGCUCUUCCUCAUGCACGUCGUCUUCUCCUGUAACCUCUUCCUCUUUGUAACCAUCGUCUGCGAAACCCUCGCCGGCGUCGCAGCGGCGUUCCUGGAGAUCGAGAUCCUGCCGCACUUCAACCACCCGUACCUCGCCACGUCAUUCCAGCAGCUCUGGUCGCGCCGCUGGAAUCUCACCGUCAGCUCGUGCCUUCGCGAAGCGGUUUUCGAGCCCGUGAAAUUCGCCGUCCUGCGGUGCACCACUCCUCGUACAGUCACACCUUCCCUUCCCCAGAAUUUGACAAGAACGGAAUCAGCGUCGUCUGGAAAGUCUCGGAUGCAGAACGGCGAGAAGCGGAAUGAUCAAGCGCAGAACGGUGCAUUGCACGACGGUGCAAUGCAGAACGGUGCGAUGCAGAACGGUGAGACGCAGAACGGUGGGCUACAUAGUAAUGUAACUGGGCGGAACUCUCAGAGCAAGGUACAAGGCGGCGACGCUUCGGAUAAGGCAGCAGUGGAGGAGAGCAGAGUAGCGAAGCUGGUGGGGAUGCUCGCGACCUUCUUUGUGUCCGGAUUGGCCCACGAGAUGGCCGUCUGGUACAUGAGUAACCGGGUUACAGGCGAAAUGACGCUGUUCUUCACUCUCCACGGGAUAGUUUCGGCUACUGAGUGUUACAUCUUGCGCCGACGGACAGGGAAAGAAGGCCGGGGCAGAAAAGCGAUGCCAUCUGCUGAAGCAGGAGGGAUUACCAGUGAAGGGAAUGAAGAGCAGUGUAGCGCUGCAGAGUGUGACAGAAAGCAACGUGACUCUAAAGAAGCUGAUCUUAUCAAAGAGGGGAAGGGGGUGCGGCUAAAGCUAUGGGGGCGGAAGGAUGUAGCUGCAUGGAUCUUUGUGGUGGGUAGCUCCUUGGUCUCGGCGCAUUUCCUCUUCUUUGGUCCGCUCACCAGGCUGAGACUAAGCCAUGAGGUGAUCAGGGAAGUACGAACUGCUCUCGGACAUAUCUGACGUGGCGUUUUCCUAGGCACUUCAGAACAUGUCUGACGUGGUGUGUUUAUAGGUGCCUCAGAGCAUGUCUGAUGUGGCAGUCAGCGAUGUGAGACAUGCCCUGGGGCGCCAUCUAUCAGUAAUCAUUGCAGUUGGAUGACCAUUACUUGGUAUGCCAUUCCUGGAACCGGCCGUGCUGAGUGGCCGUCUGGAACCAUCUUUUUGCAGCUUGUGCAAUAGCGUGUGCCACUGCCACAGUUGAGCAUGGUUUGCUGUCUACGGUAACGAAAUUAGCUAGAGUGAGAGAUACGGGGUGGUUUUGUGCUAAGGGGUUGUACUCUCCAAGAGUACGCACCUAUCUAGCCUAAAGAAAAAAUCCUGAGCCAU